CUACAAGACAUACUCGAAGAUCUCUUCCAGCUUGCUCACUAUUGACCUAGAGUAAGACUAUUACGCUCAUGCUCAAAUCCCUCUGCAGAGCAGCAAGGGCGCCUUGUCUCGCCCAAAGCACAAUAAGUCGUGCACCAGCUCUUUGUAUUCGUGCACGCUUCUUCUCGCCUUGUACGGCUCGCUUGAAUGCUGCUGUAACGCUAGAUCCUUCAGCGUCCGUUGCACCCAAUGCGAAUCCCUCAGGUUUCAAGCGGAUAGAGGAUGCUUAUCCGCUCAUGAAACAAGCUCAUGUCGAGGAUGGCAAGACUGAGCAGCCUGGACGCAAAGUCGGGUACUGGCUGCUCGGCACCGCUGGCCUAGUCUAUAGUAUCGUCGUACUCGGCGGCCUGACACGUCUGACCGAAUCUGGGCUGUCUAUUACAGAGUGGAAACCCGUCACUGGAUCGGUGCCACCUCUCAAUCAAGCGCAGUGGGAGGCCGAGUUUGACCUGUAUCGGCAAUCUCCUGAAUUCAAGAUCUUGAACGCCGACUUGUCGCUAGAAGACUUCAAGUUCAUUUACAAUAUGGAGUGGUCGCAUCGUCAACUGGGUCGCACGAUUGGACUCGUCUUUGCUGUUCCUGCACUUGCCUUGAUUGCCACCAAACGCUAUCCGAUACGCUUCAAGCUGAAGCUAGCAGGUAUUGCUUCGUUGAUUGGCUUUCAAGGAUUCAUUGGCUGGUGGAUGGUACGAUCUGGCUUAGAUGAGGACAUUACGACACCUCGUGUCUCUCAAUACCGACUUGCCACACAUCUAGGAACAGCCUUUGUGGUCUACCUCAGUAUGCUGCACACGGGAUUGACACUCUUGGCACCGAGUAAUCCAGCACUUGGUCAAGCUACACCUAAAGCACUCACGGGCUUGCCUAUCUUCCAACGCGCCGUAUUGGCCUUUGGUGCACUCACCUAUUUGACCGCACUUUCAGGUGCAUUCGUUGCUGGGCUCGAUGCGGGUCUCAUUUACAAUGAUUUUCCAUACAUGGGCAACAGCUACAUUCCACCCAUCAAUGAACUCAAGGACCGUACGCUGCCUAGUCUAGGUGCACCGCGUGUUGGUUUCGCAUCAACAGAACCGGCACCCUCAGAAUUCAAAGUCUGGAUCCACAAUAUGUUUGAGAAUCCGGUCCUUGCACAGCUUGAUCACAGGAUACUGGCAAUGACGACGUUCACGGCAGGUUGGGGACUUCUUGCCCUUGCCAUCCUCGGUGCGCGUCGUGGAAGACUUCCCAAGACGGCCACAACAGGUGCAGCAUGGAUGGCAGGGCUUGUGUCCAUGCAAGCGACACUCGGCAUCACCACUCUUUGGUAUCUCGUACCAACACCACUCGCAGCAGCGCAUCAAGCAGGUUCACUGGCUGUAUUGACGGGUGUGGUGGUCUUGGCGGCGAAAUUGAGAGUACCCGCAGCGACACGAUCGGCCAUGACAUUCACGAAAGUGGCAAGGCAGCAGGCUAAUGCACGCGCUGGAGUCAUGCAGGCAUCGUCAUAGAGAUAGAUUUGAUCAUUGAUCAUUGAUCCCAUGCGUAGUAUUGAAUGACUUGAC